GGUUGGGCAUGCGCAGUUUGUUAUGAGAUACGCCCUCUUUUUGUUGUGUGAGUUGGCUAGGCUGCUUUGUUAUAUACUAAGAUAGCCCAAUGUCUGACUCCUGGACUAGAAUAGCUUUCCUCUUAUGCGCAUUCAUCUCAGCCUCCCAAUCACAAAAUGAUGUUGAAGCAUGUGCUGUACUGGACUGUUCUCUCUCUACUUACAUACUCCUUGGAAUCGCAGUCCUUUACUCAGUAUUCUCGUUAAUAUGUGUCGGUCUGAUAAUUAUCGCUUGUCAAUGUCAGAGGAGACCUCGAGUCCGGACCAAAGUGCAACCGGCCGCGGCACGCAAUCCACUAAUAGAAAACGAGCUUGAAGAUGUGUUCUUUCCUGGAGUCUUGGAUACAAUAACGGAAACAACGACUACAACGAAUCUAAAUCUAGAUUUAUUUGAGAACCCGAUGGCUGAAGAAGUUUUUAAUAGUGAACACAAUAAAAGCUCUUCAUCAGACGGAGAAGGACAUGAUUCGAGUGAAUCCAGCGAAUCAGAUCAAGAUACCUCUUUGGUAAUUAAGAAUCCUUCUGCAAGGAAUAAGCGCCACAAACUACUCACUGGGUUUGUCGGUAAAGCAUCACCACUUCUCUUACAUCAGCCUAAGGCAUCUCCCAUUCCACCAGCAAAGGUUCCAGUGCCGUUUUCCAAGUCAGAUGGACCUGGAGUCAAGCCGCCAUCUGGUCGUGCUGGUCCUGUGAAACUACCUCCCCUGAAGACCACCCCCCAACAGAGGAGCAAAGCUGCAGCAACUGGACUUAAUCAGGGAACUGGUUCUCCAUUUUCAAGACGGAAAAAACCCCAAAAUGAAGUUGCCAAAGACGGUGAGAAAAUAAGCACUCCUAAAGUGAGUAAAAUUCAAAAACUGAAGAGUCAAUCUUCUAUCCAAAAGAAAGCAGGUGUGCCAAUAUCUGAUGCUGCUUUGAAAUGUGAGAUGCUCAAAAUAUCUCAGAAGUGGCGUCAAAUUGGAGAAGCAUUUCAAAUAUCUACCAACUUUCUCAAUAACAUCAGUGUUAUUUGCAACAACGAGAAUGAUACGUGUAUGUUGCGUGUGUGCGAGGAGUGGCUGAGAAUUGAUAGGGACAGAUGUUGGGAGGAACUGGUUGAUAUUCUUAAACUGGAGAAAAUCAAAGAAAAGCAACUUGCUGGCUACUUGCAGAAGUCUUACUGCAAUGGACCACAGAUCCAAGACAACUUGACAAGCAACAAUUCAGAGGGCAGCCUAUCUUGGUACUUUAAUGGAUCUCAGGGUAACCCACCAGCUGACCAGAGAGCAGGCGAAGCAGACGGAUCAAUAUCUUGGCCCGAUGAAUCACUGACCAUUUUAUAAAGUUCGUGAGCUACUCCACUGUCUCUUCAUUAUUACAGAUUGACUGACAUGUACCUCUAUGUACGUUUUUACACAAAUCUGACUUAUUCUGUUACAACAAGAACUGCAAGUAUACUCGUGCAACUUUUUAUUUAAUAUGAAGCUGUUCUGUUCAUCUAUGUGUCUAUAUAGUCCUUUUGUAUAGUUUAUUUCAUGUACAUGUCAUGUACGUCAAUAUACUUUUAUCAAUGCUUUUAUGAAUUUUCACGCACAUGGAAAGAAUUGUAUGAAAACUGAAUGAAA